AUGUCAGUGGGAAACAUCAGCUUUGUAAAGGAGUUUGUCAUAGUCGGCUUUCCUGGACUUCAGCCUCCUUAUUAUGUCGUUGUAUCAGCACUUCUGUUUUUUGUCUAUGUUUGUACAUUGGCUGGAAAUAGUAUAUUUUUUAUUUUAUUUAUAAUGACUAAGAGUCUUAAAAAACCUGUUUAUUAUUGCAUUAUAAAUCUAGUCGUAUGUGAUGUACUAUUCAGCACCACAACAUUACCAAAGAUAAUCAGCAGGUACUGGUUUCAAGAUGGAACCAUUUCAUUCUUGGGUUGUUUUGUUCAGAUGUUCUUUGUGCAUUAUUUAGGUAGCGUUGGUUCUUAUGUUCUAGCUGUAAUGGCUAUAGAUCGAUAUGCUGCAAUUUGUUACCCGCUUCAGUAUCAUAGUCUCAUGACAAACCAAAAUGUAAUCAAUCUGAUCCUGGGCUGUUGGAUUUUGGGUUUAGUGGGUCCUUUAAUGAUAGUAAUUAGAGCUUAUCCUCUCCCUUAUUGUGCAGAAAACACCAUUAUACACUGUUACUGUGAUCAUGUCUCCAUCACAACACUGGCAUGCACAGACAGAUCACUAUAUAGUAUUCCAGCUCUAAUCAACGCUCUUGUAGUACUGCUGGGCUCUCUUGCUGUUAUCAUUUACUCUUACUGCUCCAUCUUUGUGGCAGUUAUGCGAAUUUCAAGCACUCAAGGAAGGAUAAAGACUUUCUCCACCUGCAGUCCUCAGCUCAUCAUAAUUGCUCUCUUUUUCUUACCUAGGUGUUUUAUUUAUUUGUCUAGUAACAUUGGUAUUAAGUUGAGCACUGAUUUGCGAUUAAUUAUUGUUAUGAUGUAUAGUUUGUUGCCGCCCAUGAUCAACCCCCUCAUUUACUGUUUAAGAACAGAAACAGUGAAAAAGAUCUUAAGAAGUCAAUUUCAGAAGAGGAAAAUUGCCAUGUCUUUACAUUUGCUCUGA